GGGUGGGAAGUGACUCUCGGUGCUUCUCUGGGCUCAGCAGCAAUUGAAGGCGUUUGAGCAGAGCUGUGUGUGGCUGUGCUGAACGCCUGUGGCCCCAUUCCAGCUUUUUCCUGCUCUGCCUUGCACCCUGCCCCAGCGGGCUGCCGUGUUUACUCUCUGCUCUGUGGUAAAUGGAUGUCACUUCCUUCAUUAAAAUGCUGGUGCCUGGCCAGGUUCCCUUCCUUUGGGCUCGCACGCUCGGAGCAGCGGCGCUGCCGAAUCCAGCUGUGUGCCACGCUCCGGGAUCUGCUCCUGCCUGCCUCGUUGGGAUCUGCUGAGCCUGCCCGGCUUCUGAGCCCACACACACGGAGGCUUUUGGAGGCUUCUCUGGGUGGAGAAGCGCAGGUGGAGCAGGGGCUGGAGAUGGGUUAUUGCUGGGGGGCGCAGGCUGCGCUUCCAGCCAGGGACUGCGCGCAGCCCGUGGGGAAGGUGUAGGCAGCGCUGGGAAUGGGGUGCCAGUGCCAGCCUGCCCUGGCCAGCCUCUGGACAUGAGCAUGUGGGUGCUGUUCAAGGGCAUCCCCUGAUGUGCCUGGCAGUACAGACACUCGUGGAUGCACAGGAUCACAGCCAAAGGGACACAGAAAUCCUGGACACUGUUCUGAGCCCUCGGUGCGGACUGACCUGAGCUCUGUCGCUGACCAGGGGCUCACCUGAAGAGUCUCAAACUGACAUCAAAGUUGCUGAUCAGACUGGUACGAUGUGGGCGAGCUGCUGUAACUGGUUCUGUGUGGAUGGCUCCCCUGAGGAGAUGCAGCCGCCGCCGGCAGCGCCCGCCCAGGCCUACUCCAACCCCGGCUACAGCUCCUUCCCCUCUCCCACUGCCUCCGAGCACAGCUGCAAAGCCUGUGGGGUGCACUUCGACAGCUCCUCCAGCAAGCACAUCUGCUUGGACUGUAAGAAGAACUUUUGCACGUCCUGCUCAAACCAGGCCGAGGGUGGGCCCCUGCUCUGCCACCUGUGCCAUCGCUUCCGAGCCACGGCUUUUCAGCGGGAGGAGCUGAUCAAGAUGAAGGUGAAGGAUCUGCGGGAUUACUUGGCACUCCAUGAGAUUUCCACAGAGUUCUGUCGGGAAAAGGAGGACCUGGUAUUCCUGAUCCUUGGCCAGCAGCCUGCAAUUACCCAGGAAAAUCAGAUAAGAACAAACACAUUUAAUACCAGUGCCCGUGGACAGCAAGACUUUGUGAGUCACCCCCCAACCAACCUGGCCUCUCCUACCUCACACGAUGAGUCCUCAGUGUCUGCAGAUCCCAUCUCAAGUUCAGAAGCUCAGGAACACCAACAGGCCAAUGGUCAUGUGCCUCCGAGCCCAGCCUAUGGAACAGCAGCUGAGAAUGCAGCAGAAGCAGCAGCAGCAGAGGACGAGACACAGUCCAGUGACUCUGAGGAUAACCUGGUGCUGGGCAGGAAGGCCUCCCUGUCUGACCUGACGAGCAUCGGGGACAUCAACGCGCUCUCCGUGCGACAGCUCAAGGAAAUCCUCGCCCGCAACUUCGUCAACUACAAAGGCUGCUGUGAGAAGUGGGAGCUGCUGGAGAGGGUCACUCGUCUCUACAGAGAGAAGGACCUUCAACAUCUAGUUUUGGACACUGAUGAUCAAACUGGUGCUGCUGGGCCCCCCAGCACCGAGGACAACCUGUGCAGGAUCUGCAUGGACGCUCCCACGGACUGUGUGCUGCUGGAGUGCGGGCACAUGGUGACGUGCACCAAGUGCGGGAAGCGCAUGAGCGAGUGCCCCAUCUGCCGCCAGUACGUCAUCAGGGCCGUGCACGUCUUCAGGACCUAGA